AUGUAUUUGUAUCAUAAUGUUGAUGUUUGUAGUUUGAUGAUUGAUAAUUGUGGGUGGGUAGGGGAUUACGAUACGAUGAGAGCGGUUUUGGAACGGUUUAGGGAAGAAGGGGUGUGUAUUAAUGAUAAGGCAUUUGGGUUUUUGCCUGUGCUUGAUUCGAGGAAAACGGAUAUUAUCGAGAAAGUUGAGUUGGUGGUUCGGAUUUUGCGUGAUGUUGGUGGGAGUGUUGGAAAGUCGGGUGUUUAUGAGUUGAUUAGGAUGCUUUGUGGUGUUGAUUGUUUUGAGUUGGCGAAGUUUGUGAUGGAGAUUACGGGGAAGCAGUUGGGGUAUUAUGCGAUUUUGGUUCGUGAGAAGUGUAGGAGAGGAUGUGUAGACGAAGCGUUUGGCUUGAUUGUGGAGAUGAGAGAGGCGGGUUGUGAACCGGAUUGUAAGAUAUAUAACUAUAUUUUAGGUAGUUUAUGUAAACAUGAUAAGCUUUCUGAAGCUUUGAGUCUGUUUAAGGAAAUGAAAGAAAAGGGUGUUGACCCGGAUCCAAUAACAUUUGAAACAUUUAUUGCGAAUUCAUGUAGGCUUGGUAGGAUGGAGUUUGCAAGCGAGAGCUUGAAGCGAUUAAUGCAUAUGGGUCUUACUCCUCGAGUUUCAACUCAUAUUGCUCUCGUGAAAGGUUAUUGUAAUGCUGGAAGAUAUGACAAGGCAUAUGAAUAUGUGCGUGAUAUGGAGAUGAAGAAGGUGCCUACUACUAAUAAGAUGUACACCGUUCUUGCGAGGAUGCAUCAAAAGAAAGGAAAUGUUGAUGCUGCUAGAAAGAUUCUUGAUGAAAUGAUGGAAAGAGGUCUAAAGCCUGACUUUUCUAGUUACUUAAAGACCGUAAAUGUUUUGAAGCACACUGGUAGUAGGGAUUUAGCUCAAGGUUUACAAAAGCAAUUCUCUAAGUUUAAAAUCGAAUAA